ACCAUUUUUGCCUACAAAUUAUAUUUUGGUCAGAUCAAACUGAGAGUAAACCCUAGAAGAAUAAGAAGAAGAAAGAAUCAUGACGACGGGAGAUCUGGUGAAUAUCCAUCCUACAGAGCUUAAGUUCCCUUUUGAGUUGAAGAAGCAAAGCUCGUGCUCGUUGCAAAUUAGCAACAAGACUAGUACUCAAGUUGUCGCAUUUAAGGUUAAGACAACGAAUCCUCGCAAAUACUGUGUCCGACCAAACACCGGUGUUGUCUUGCCCGGUGAUUCCUGCAAUGUUACAGUGACGAUGCAAGCCCAGAAAGAGGCACCUCUCGAUAUGCAAUGCAAAGACAAGUUCCUUGUUCAGUCUGUUAUCGUCUCCGACGCUACUACUUCCAAAGAUGUCAUCGCUGAAAUGUUCAACAAGGAGCCUGGUAGAGUGAUUGAGGAUUUCAAAUUGAGGGUUGUUUACAUCCCUGCUAAUCCCCCUUCACCUGUCCCUGAAGGCUCCGAAGAAGGCAACUCUCCAAGGACCGACUUUCCUGCCUCUCAAUUUGAUGACCACGUGAGCUACUACGAGCUUGUGUCCAGAACGCUAGAAGAAACAAAUGAAAAAUCCUCCGAGGCGUGGUCCAUGAUUCACAAAUUGACGGAGGAGAAGGCUUGUGCUGUCCAGCAAAGUCAGAAGCUCCGACAGGAACUGGAGAUGCUGAGGAGAGAAUCAAGCAAGAAGCAGUCUGGUGGUGGUCAUUCCUUGGUGUUGAUGCUGUUGGUUGGUUUGCUAGGCUGUGUGAUUGGAUACAUCUUGAACGUCCGGACAUGAUUAACUGAAAUAGUACCUGUGUAUGUGGGGGUUAGCUUCAUCAUCAUCCUUUUCAUUGUCAUCAUCACCAAAUCUUGCAAAGCUUAUUUUUUACCAGACUUUCUUCUGUUUUUCUUUAAAUGAUGGUAUACUUUUCUUUUUUUUCUUUUUCUAAGCUGUAAAAUCAGAGUAAAUGUAGCGUGGUGAUUUUGUGGCACUCAGUUUCAGUUUUGAGUCUCUAGUAGUAAAGCAUGUAGGUAAGUAAGAUCUAUAGAGUCAGUCGUUGGUAA